UUCUUGACAAGCUUUAAACGAAGAAGAGACUGUUCAUUUGAGAGCUGUGGAUUUUGCCGCAAAAAACAAAAUGGCAAAGUUUGAGUAUUUAAAUACGUUUUUUACUGAGCGUCUAUUAGCUGUCGCGGGAGAAUUAUUUCAAGUAGUUACGGACAUUAUUACCGAGUAUCAGGAGGAAACAGACCGAACCAAACAGGAAAACAUGUACCUGAAGAAAAUGCUAACAGCAGAGCGAUUGGCUAACGGACGAGAUGGUUCAACUAAUCAAGCAGUUCCCCAGGAGCUGCCAAACAUCUCCCAUGGACCCCUGGAUUCAAAUUCCUCAGUAAUACAAGUAAAGGUGGAGCUGUCUACCACAAAGCAGGACAACAUGUCACCGGAACCAGUAAAUGAUCCGUCCACAGUGACUACACCACACCAUUUCUCAGGAAAGACUACAAAUGAGGAAAUAAACGAUGACUAUCUCCAUAAUAACUCGGAAGUCGCUAUAAAAUCUGAGCCAAGGGACUCCCAGAUCGUCAUAUCUGAUGACUCAAACCCUGCCAUGCAAAGUGAGAGUAUAAUUGACUAUAAUUUGGUAGGUUUAAGAGACGAUCAAGGUCCUGAUCCCUCUUCACAUGAUGCACUGCAAAGCGAGACAGCUGAUAGAAUUGUUUACUGUCAAUAUUGUGGAAAGCCUUUCGGAAACCGUGGCCAGAUGAAAAGGCAUAUGGUUGUGCAUCAGAAAGACAGGCCAAGGCCGUAUCGCUGUGACUUGUGCGGAAAGUGCUACUCCUAUGCACAGGUGCUUGAGGUCCACCGUAGGACUCAUACAGGGGAAAGGCCGUAUCACUGUAAAUUUUGUGGAAGGCGUUUUAAUCAGAAAGGACACUUAAAGGAGCAUGAAAGAAUUCACACUGGUGAAAAGCCUUUUGGCUGCCCAAUUUGUGGAAAACGAUUCAUUCAGUCCAGCCAAGUCAGAAAACAUGUCAAUUACCAUCAUCCUACAGUGCAGCUGUCAUAAAAGUAGUAAGGUAGCAGAAGGUAAUUGUCAAAAUAUUCACUGUUAGCCCCUGAACAUGCUAAGCGAUAAGGCCUGUGAUUGGAGCAUUCAUUUGCAAGAGAAAAACCAAAACCUUAAGCAGAACGUAUGCUUCACUUUUUACGCGUACGCAAGGAACAGCGUACAGUACGCGUGACGCAAAUUUCGUCAUCAGCCGAGGACGCGCAUACUGUACGUGCGCCGCCCGAUUUUUCAUCGUAUUCACAUGUCGCACAUGCGCAUUUUAUUCUUUUGCACUAUUUAGUUGUUCCACAAGGUGGCAGCAGUGACCUGGGGCCGUUGAUUCUCAAUUGUUGAAGAAAAAAUGGAAGAGACGGAAACGAGUGCAGGUUAUAAAGUACAUUUACAUUUAUUCAUUUAGCAGACGCUUUUAUCCAAAGGGACUUACAAAUGAGAAAAUACAAGCAAAGUACCCGCAUUGGUAUAAUUCUAGCCUUAAAGUGUAUUUGUAUAUGGGUGCUAAUCGUGGCGAGAGAUUACCCAAGUGUUGUUCUUCGUAGUGUUGUUGUUAUUCAUCUUCGUUGUCGUCCAAAAAGACCUGUUUUACUGCUCUGUACUGACUCUUGCAGGCCAGGAAGGGUAAUGCAAGUUGUCAUACUGCGAAUGCGUCGACCCCCUGCGUAUGCGUACAUGUCAAAUGGAGUAUACUUUGAAAGGCCAUGCGUACGCGUAAAAAAAACGAAGUAUACCAGAGUAUUUAGAGAGCAUACAAGCUUGCAAAUGUCUUGGCUUCUCACAAACCUAGAGGACAUUGUUUUGCUGAACGAACACCAGGGCAUUUAUCUUUCACUGAGUGACAUAGCCUAUUGAGUUAGUAGUGUGUCUACAUAGUGGCAUAGCAAAUCAAGUGGUUAGACAUCUUUUAUUUUAUUAUUAUUUAAAAAUUUUUGUUACUUAGCCAUAAAAAGAUCCCCGACAUAUACCAUCCUUUCUGCAUUUAGUGUCUUCUUAUGCAAAGAAAUACAAGAAUCCAGAUUAGAAACAACAGCUUAUAACAAAAUGAAAUUUACAUGAAAAUUAUGUCAUUAUUGUUAUUAUACUAAUUGCUUGUCAGAAUUGCUUUGAACAAGUUUACCUCUGUCAUGUCCAUUGUGCCUUUGCUCUUUGUAUAUGAAAUUAAAUUAAAGGUUUUUUGUUUGUUUUGAGGUUUUAUCUUUGUUAAUUUGAGAUGACGCUAAAUGUUAGUAUACUGUUUUCAUUUGUGGGUAAUUGUAAUUGCAGGUCAUUUUUAGCAUGUUAAAAAACUAUGUUUUCAAAAAUAUUUGUAUACAUGGGCAGGUGUGACAAAUCUAGUGACUUCCCUCUCAGAGAGCGAGAGAGAGAGAGAAAGAGGAGCAACACAUUCAGUGUGAGAGAAAGAAUAAGAAAGACAUUCUGUCGCUUCUAACUUUCUCGCUGAGCGAUCAUUUUACACGUAAAUAUCAACAAAAUCACAGCACAGCCGUUGUCUUUAACUGAUGUGUCUGGUGAUUUUAUCGGUCGAUGUCGUGGUUAUAAAUUUGGAUUUUAGUAGUGCAGAGCAGCACAUGUGAAGUGAUUGCUGGUUAACAUGUAGCCUCUUAAUGGGUGGCAUUUCAGUCACUAUUUUAUACUUGUUCCAUUGGCUGACAACAGAAACAAAAAUAUGUAAAUGAGAACAGCUUUAUUGGCAAUUCGGCUGUAUUAAAAUACAGUAAAGGAGCACAGAUAGUAGGAGAGAAGUAAAAAGAUGCAAAUCUGCGAUGACAUAAUGAAUAUGCUAAUUAGUGCAUGACAUCAUCCAGCGACUUUCCAUUGAAAGUUGUUGGCAACAGUGCUCCUGUCACUCACCUGGAGUAUAUUGACGUUAUGGUGAAAAUGAAGCAAUGUCUGAGAAAUACAAAUUUAGUCCGUAUGGCUGGAAAAGGCAGCAGAAAGAAAUAGUGCUUAGAAAGUCCUGGAAUUUCAAUAGGAAACAUCUGUACGAAUCCUGAAGCUUUCAUGUUAUGAGAUGCUUAUGACACAUUUAUGGAAGGAGUUUCCAGUGUCUGCAUUGUGUAAGGGUCAUUUGUUUUUUCACCAUGGAAGAGUCCUCUGGCUGGAUGGGGACUUUGUGCUUUCUGGUUUCUUAGUAACAUGACAAGCAUUUAUAGCUUGUCGUGGGGUGGGGUGGAAUAUUUUCCUACAAGCUCACCUCUUUGUGUUUUAUUUCUUACAUAUUGUUCACAUAUUGUGCACACUUUAUGUGAUUAUCCUCUACACUGACAUGUUGUGCUAUAGACACAAUAGACUGACAAUAGCACUUGCAAGCCUGAUGGCAACCCUUGCACUAAAAACACACCAAAACACACAGGAAGCUUUCAAAAUGACAAGCAUGGAGAGCUUGAAUUCUUUUUUCAUCGAGAGAUUGAUGUUGGUGGCUGGAGAAAUAUUUGAAGCAGUUAAAGACCCUUUCUGAAUACCAGGAGGAGAUAAAGAGGACCAAACAAGAGAACCGCUGUCUGAGGCAGAAACUGACUGAAUUAAACAUUAGUAUUAGGUGUGAGAAGCAAACACCAGGUAGUGUGUUUUAUUUACACAAGAGUUUAUAUAAGGGGUGUUUUUAAUCAUUUUUGUGUACGGUUCGUGUGUAAACCUUAAAAUGCCUUGUGAUUCAAUUGUAUACUUUGUGAAAGUGAUUUUCAAUCUUUCUCUUAUUGAACCUGUUGCUAGCUACAUAAAUUGAAGUCCAGAUGUAAGCUCUAGUAAUGGUGGUGAAAAUCUAUGCAUAGUAUUUCAGUUAAAAUGGCGAGAGUAAGAGCAGAUGAGAAGUCGAAACUUACCCUCGGUUUUGUCCAAAGUAUAUAACAUCCAGUUAUUGUCAGUUAGCGACAUGUUUUUUUUUUUUAAUUUCCUUUUUUUUUUUUUUUUUUGCAUCAGUUGAUGUUAUUGAAAAGAACUGAGGUUCUCAAAUUAAUACCUCCACGUAUUUAUUGAUUAUUUAAUGCCUCCAAUUCCUCUACUACAAGUGUCUAUAUUUCCCCCUCUAUUCUAAUUAUGUUGUACUUUUUUUUGUAUUUAACUUCAGCUUCUAGUGAUGAUUCUCCAGAACAGCAGAACUUCACUCAGGCAUCCUUGGACUCAGAGACCUCAGUAAUACACAUGAAGUUGGAGCUUGCUUCUGUAAAAAAAAAAAAAAAAAAAGGAGCUUUAACAACAUCUAACAAUGGAUGUAUUUUCCCUCAGUGGAAAUAAUGCCCAUGGUGAUGCGUUUUCCUCAGGUAAACCAGUUAUCGAGAAUGAAAAUAAGGAUGCUUUAAACAAGAACCAAAUGACACUAGUCAAAUUAGAUAAUCGUGACUCCGACACUGCAUACUAAGCCCUCGGGCCAAGUGAUGAUCCUGUAGGAAAUGUUAACGAAGGCCCGUAUCCUUGUCCUCAUUGCAAAGAAACAUUUGCUGACCUACAUUAUCAGACUUCUCACGUGGCGAGUCACGCAGAUAAAUUGUUCGACUGCAAGGUUUGCCAUAAGCCUUUUGCAGACUGAGUACUUGGCAAAACAUGAAACCAUCUUGCAUGAAAAAAGCAAACUGUACUGCUGCAAGUUGUGCGGGAAGUCCUUCACCAACCCCAGAUCUCUCAUGGUCCACCACAGAACUCACACAGGCGAAAAGCUGUAUUGUUGCAAGUUCUGUGAGAAAGGCUUCACUCAGAAAGCCACUGUACUGAACAUGAGAGAAUCCACACAGGAGAAAAACCUGUGGAAAUAAUGAUAAUAAUAUUGAAUUUUUAUUGGUCACAUAUACAUUACAGCACAGUGAAAUACUUUUCUUCACAUACCCCAGCAUGCCAGGAAGCUGGGGUCAGAGCACAGGGUCAGCCUGAUACAGCGCCCCUGAAGCAGACAGGGUUAAGGGCCUUGCUCAAGGGCCCAACAGUGGCAGCUUGGCAGCGCUGGGGUGUGAACUCCCAACCUUCUGAUCAGUAACCCAGAUCCUUAACCACUAAGUCACCACUGCUCCCACUGCAGAGUUUUGCCCAGUCAACUCCCCUCAAGUCACACAUUCGCAGCCAUCAUCAUGGUCAGCUGCCAUUCCUACAAGGAAGAAGAAAUAAUAUAAAAAAAAGUUAAAAUAAUGGCAUUCAUUUAAAAAUAAAGACAUAUUUUCAGUUGAAAUAAAGCAUUAGACAUUCCAUCAGUUAACAACGGACUACUUUCAACUUUGUACGUUUGUAACUUUCUGUCAUCUGUUCAGUGAUGGCAAAUAGGAAUUUUUAUCAAUUUUAGUGUAUAAGAACAAAAAAAAAAAGAAGUUGACAAUAUCCUUUAUGAUUAUUUGAAUUUCAGUGGUAGUAAAUAAAGAUUCAGUGCUUCUGACCUACAGUUCUCUGCUAAUUCAUUGUGGG